UUCUAAAAUCUCGAGAAUUGAAUAUGGACGAUAAAUUUACUGAAUUUAGUAGUAUUAUCUCAAUACCUGUAAUAACAAGUUUGAAGUUGGGAAUAUUUUUAGAACUAACGGGGGUCGUUUAGUAGAAAUUGUGCUAUAAUCAGGAAUCGGGUUGAGAUGGUAGGGGUUGAAAUAUUAUGGAAUAAGAAUAUCUGAUUUAAAAUACUUUUAAGUGAUUAAUUAAAAUUAAUUUAAAAUAUUGUUGAAUUUUUUUUUAUAAAUAUUUUUGAGUCUAUCAAUUUAAUAUGGCACUAAUAAUUUGAAUUUAAUAAUAUAAAUAAAGACACAAAUAAAAGAAAAAAAUUGAUUCAUCAAACCCAUGUUUUACACCCACCUCCUCCUUAAAUAUGAAAAUCUCAUAUCUUGUAGGUUUGAGAGAUGGGUUUGAAGAAAAAAAAAUUCAACCAAACACCAAGUAUGAGUUUGGAAUUUACGAAAACUCAUACUUGAUACCAGAAAAGCGUGAACCAAGCGAUCCUUAAGCGACUGAAAUAUUUCAUAACUUAUUCCAGUUAGACACUUGUAUGCUGAUGCUAACAUGUUUAUACCAGAAUUUCUUAUAUUGUGUUUAUUAAUCCACAACAAGUGGUUUGCAAAAUUUUCAAACUUCACUUACUGUCCAUGUGUUCUGUAAUAGAUGGUGGAUAAAAUUGACCUCCAAGAAAAUAUCAUAUUUUUCAUCUGUUAGCCAACGGAUCAUGAACUAAAUCAUUAUUCUAGUUGUGACAUCCUUACCCCUUUCGUUUCUUUAUAAAAAAAAUUCGAAAUAUCCUUUUCAAUUAUUUGUAUUUCAAAACAUUUUAAAAAUGAUAAACUUUUGUAAUAUAAAUAAUAAUCUUAUCAUAUACUUUCAUUCACUUUCACGGUUUAUCCUAUUAGAUUUUUCUUAAACUAUAUGUCCAACUUAAUGUAAUGAAUUGAACGGAACGGAUAAGCAUGUGUUUAAUUAUAUGACUCAGAUAACUUGUGCAUGUGCUAAGGGACAAAUGAUGACCUUGUCAAACCAAGAAAACUGAAACUUUGUAAUGACAGGAGUAGGUCAAUGAAAGAUGAACUGAGUUACCAUUAAAGAUUGGCUCAGCAUGGCAUAAAUUAAUAAAGUCAAUGUUUUAAAAGCUCAAUUAAUGUACAAUGCAAAUAAAGAAUCAACUAUAAAAAUUCUUGGUUUCAUACAGUGAUAUAUAAUCAUUUGGUCAGCUUCAAAGUUCCUGCAAACCCUGGAUGCAAGUGAUUGGUCAACGCGUUUAAUUUCCUAUGAGAUCUUGGCUUAGGUUCGAAGUAUGCAGCACCUGCAUAAAUAUUCAUUAGCUGUAUGAUUGUUCAGAUUUUAAUUUAUGGUUUCUGUGCAUUUCUUGAUCAUGAAUGCUAAGUUUGUGCAAUGCUGUAUGUUUAUAAGCAUCUGUCUCCUCUGUUUACUGGACGGAUCAUUCUGCGAGGAUCAACAAUAUGAAGACUGCAAUAAGCCCGUUUAUUGUGGAAAGCAGAACGUACAAUUCCCCUUCUACAUUCAAGAAGCAAAGUCUUGCGGAAGCCCUGGAUUUGAACUCAGUUGUGAAAAGAAUGACAGUUUAAUACUUGAGGUAUCUGAUGACAAGUACCAAGUUAAGGAAAUAUUCUACAGCAACAAUUCUCUUCGCGUGUCUAAUUUGUUGAGUUCAGACGGUGAUUUGUGCAGCCUUCCUAAAAUUAAGAACUUGGAAUUGCCAAGUGGCGGUCAAUUUCAGCUGCACAGCACUUUAAAUCUGAUUUUGUCUUCGGAUUGUGAUUUUGAGUCUGGUCAGAAUUUUUCCAGUUAUAGAGUUGGAUGUGACCUGAAGAAAAACGAUACAGAUUGGGUUCUGGUAAUGAGAACAAAUGAUACAAACAUAGAUUACGCAUAUGGAGCGUGUAAAUCUGUAAUUCUGGCACCUGUAGAUGAUCACAGUGGAGAUGAUAAUGACUAUUUGAAGUUGUUGAGAUAUGGAUUUAUUUUGAAGUGGAGUAAUGCCACAAAUUGCAGCGACUGCGAGGCCAGUGGUGGGAAUUGUGUACCUGAUGGCGAGCCUGUUAAUAAUUCUAGGAACUGCAAUCCCCAUCACAAGACUAAAUCGGUUGUGAUACUUGGAAUAGUUGUACCUGGAGCCUGCAUUUUUGUAUUGUUGGGCGUGUCAUGUAUCUUGUGGAGGCACAAAAAACUGAAGCAUCGUUCCCUUGAUAAGAACACUUCCUCAGAUAUUGAGUAUGGUACUUAUUUUGGGGUCCAUGUCUUCUCCUACAAAGAGCUUGAAGAAGCAACACAUAAUUUUGAUCCUUCUAAAGCAAUUGGAGAAGGAGGUUUCGGAACUGUCUACUAUGGUAAACUACGAGAUGGAAGAGAAGUUGCAGUGAAACGAUGCUAUGAGAACAGUUACAGGCGUGUGGAGCAAUUCAUGAAUGAAAUCCAUAUCCUCACCCUCCUACGCCACCGCAAUCUUGUUCUACUAUAUGGCAGCACUUCUCAUCAAAGUGGUGAUCUUUUACUUGUUUAUGAAUACAUUUCCAAUGGCACGCUUGCUGAUCAUAUCCACGGAGAUAAAUCAAACUCUGAGCCUCUGACAUGGCCUGUCAGAAUGAACAUAGCCAUAGAAACUGCAAGAGCAUUGUCUUACCUUCAUAGAUGUGAUAUUAUACACCGUGAUGUGAAGACGAACAACAUACUCUUAGACAACAAUUUUUGUGUCAAAGUUGCAGAUUUCGGGCUCUCAAGGCUGUUCCCUACUGAUGUUACUCAUGUCUCAACCGCUCCUCAGGGCACACCAGGUUACGUCGAUCCAGACUAUCAUCAGUGUUACCAACUAACUGGCAAGAGUGAUGUUUAUAGCUUCGGAGUUGUUCUAGUUGAACUCAUAUCAUCACUGCCUGCAGUCGACAUAAAUAGGCAAAGAAAUAACAUUAACUUGGCUAAUCUAGCAAUAGACAAGAUUCAGAGAUGUGCACUCCAUGAGUUGAUCGAUCCGGAUCUUGGUCAGGAAACUACCACCGCGAGGAUGACUACUUCAGUAGCAGCAUUAGCAUACAGGUGUCUGCAACUUGACAAGGACUCGAGGCCUUCUAUGGAUGAGGUUUUGGAAUGUCUGGAGCAGAUUCAAGACAUUGAGCUGCCAAAGAAUGCAGCUUCACCGUUGCACGAAGGGGAAGAUAGGAAACUAAUAAAUUCACCAGUGGCUGUUACUGAUAAAUGGCUUAGUACAUCUACCACACUUAGUACCAGCAAGUGAGAAAUGCUUUCUUCUUUUUA